AUGGCGUUGGCGACGGUGGCGGCGCUCAUGGCCGCUGUGGGCGGGGCUCUGUGGCUCGCGACGCGACGGUUUGUGGGGUCCAGCGCCCGGCAGCUGCACGGAGACCUUGGUUCGGGCCUCAUGCAGGGGAAAACUGUGCUCAUCACGGGGGCGAACAGCGGCCUGGGCCGAGCCACGGCCGCCGCGCUACUGCGCAUGGGUGCGCGGGUGAUCAUGGGAUGCCGGGACCGCGCGCGGGCCGAGGAGGCGGCCGGGCAGCUGCGGCGCGAGCUCAGCUCGCCGGGGUUCAUGGGUUCGAGUCCCGACCCCGGCAGUGUGGGCGAGCUGGUUGUCAAGGAGUUGGAUCUCGCGUCGCUGCGCUCCGUGCACGCCUUCUGUCAGGAAAUGCUUCAGGAAGAACCUAGACUGGACGUCUUGAUUAAUAAUGCAGGGGUCUUCCAGUGCCCUUAUAUGAAGACAGAAGAUGGGUUUGAGAUGCAGUUUGGAGUGAACCAUCUUGGACACUUCCUACUCACCAAUCUACUCCUUGGGCUUCUCAAAAGUUCAGCUCCUAGCAGGAUUGUGGUCGUUUCAUCCAAACUUUACAAAUAUGGAGACAUCAACUUUGAAGACUUGAACAGUGAGCAAAGUUAUAAUAAAAGCUUUUGUUACAGCCGGAGCAAACUGGCUAAUAUUCUCUUUACUAGAGAACUCGCCCGCCGUUUAGAAGGCACAAAUGUUACUGUCAAUGUAUUACACCCUGGGAUUGUAAGGACUAAUCUUGGGAGGCAUAUACACAUUCCACUGUUGGUCAAACCACUUUUCAAUUUAGUGUCAUGGGCUUUUUUCAAAUCUCCCAUGGAAGGUGCCCAGACUUCAAUUUAUUUAGCCUCUUCGCCUGAAGUAGAAGGUGUGUCAGGGAAGUACUUCGGAGAUUGUAAAGAGGAAGAACUGUUGCCCAAAGCUAUGGAUGAGUCAGUUGCAAGAAAACUCUGGGAUAUCAGUGAAGUAAUGGUUGGCCUAUUAAAAUAGGGUCAUGGGGUUAAGAGAACACCUUAUAAAAUGAUAAUUGUAUCAGUAACUAGCAAUGGUGUGGCCUGAGUGUUUGCUGCUUGAAAAUCAUUUGGUUUAAUGAUAGUACUGCUAAGAACUGAGGUAUAUUUGGAAUUUCCUAAAACUAUUUUUGGAGGUUAUAUUUCAAAAUAAAUACUUAAGGACCCGAGUGGUGGCACUAGAGGUAAGGCGUCUGCUUUGCAAGCACUAGCCUAAGAUGGACCGUGGU